UUUGCAACUUCAAUGGCUUCUCGUGCAAUUAAGUCAACAACCGCAAAACAGCUCAAGGAGCAUCUCCAAGAGCAACAAGAGCCUUUUACUUUGAACAUAUGCCAUUCUGAAAGAGGGUAUUUGGUGAAAGGCAUGAGCUCUAAUGGUCGAAAUGGUUGCUGCCAGAUCAAUUUAUUUAAGAACCUGAGCAGACCACGCAGUUACAACUUGAACAAGAAAAUGGUUUUAAUCUCCACAAGGAUCGUCAAGUCGAUACUAUACAAACUUGUUGCAACUAAUGACAUCCAGGAGCCUUCUUGUCGCAGUGAUAAAGCCCACCAAGAUGAAUUUCAGACUGCAGAAACAAAUGGUUUUACCGAAGUGAAGGGUCUAACUCCAUUCGCCGCCUUUCCCAGCUCCGCUCCUGAAGAGGAACCUCUGCCUUCGGAACGUUGCAGAACUUCUCAAGCCUCAAAUGUUGGUAAUGUGGAACAACAAAAGACUCUUACAGAUAAAACCUGUCAAAGGAAAUGCACUCAAGAUAAGCGCCUCAACCUUAUGUCAAUGUUAAAUACAUUAUCAUCCGACAAAGUGCAUCACAUCAUAACAAGACAAGAAAGCCUAUCAAGUAGGAGUUCCACUCUGACCGAAGAUGCCGGAGGAAACUUCAUCUUUACAACUUUUCCCUGGAAGUGGCUAGGAAAAUCACUAAUUGAGAGAGAGAGCCUCAUUGGGUUCAAAGAAUCAAAGGAGAUAAUCGAACCUUGCUCUCCUCAGCACCGGGGAAGCAAAGAGCUUGUGAAUCAAAGGAAGCCUUUGUCCAACCUCACAGGGGAACGGGAACCCAUCCAAAACAAUGAUACGAAGAAUGUCAGAAACAAGUAUAACUACAUUCACUGGUUCAUUGGGGUGGGAAACCUAAUCAAAGCAGAGCAAAUCUACUCAUGCAGGAAAUACUCUAGAGACUCAAGUAUGGAUUUCUCUAACACAUUAGAAGAAUGGAAUUAUUCCAGGCAAAUGCAGAGGAAGAUAGGCUUCGAGUUAGGGGAUACUAUCAUGGAUGAGAUCGUUGAGGAAAUAAUUGACUUACUCAGGCAGUAAAAUGGAUGAGUUACACAAGCGAAACAGCCGCUGUCUAUGCCCAUUUCCACUUCUUUAAACAGAAUCAUCAUACUGCUACAAUGAUAAAUAGUUAUAUGUGUACACUCCCCCUUGUAAAGUUAAACCAGACGCCGAAAGGAACACGAAAGAGUACGGAAGUUUACAGGAAAACGGAGAAUAAUAAACAGAUUCACAUAUCGACAAAACAAUCAAAGGGAAGCAAACAGGAGAACAACUGCACAACUUAAAAGCAUGAGUUUUUCUCUUUUUUUUUUUUUUUUGGUUUGUUCUUUGGGGGGUGUUGGGUGUUAUUAGAUAAAGAAAUAUAUCAUGCACUAUUUGUGUACAGUGAAAAUAAUACAGAUGACAUUGAUAACCAAGAAUUCAAGGAAGAUAGAACCAAAACUGAGCUAUAAAUUUGAUGGUUAAUGGGCCGAUGCUAGCUGUACUUAGCGACUAUUCCAGACUUCAGAAGCCUACACCAUUUGCUAUCA